GGGCUCGCAUACUGCAGGUCAAAGGUACAAGCGUUACAGGUAUCAGAAUGAGACUACAGAAUGUUGCCGUGUUACUGACAGUGUUAGCUGGGGUUGUGACCUCCCGUGACCCCCUGUACAGCAAUGAGUGGGCUGUGCAGGUGGAGGGAGGACAGGAGGAGGCCGUCAGACUAGCUGACAAACAUGGCUUUACAUACGGCGGAAAGAUAUUUGGAGACUACCACCUGUUAAGACACAGCCACGUCUCAAGACGUUCUACAAGUGACAGCCAUGAGAAGCACUACGGGCUACUUAAAGAAAACUCCGAUGCAGCCCUGAGUACCGAUGUGGUAGAUGGAGACAGGGAUCCCUCCCAUCCCGCGGACUCUACAGGACAUGGUACGAAGGUUGCAGGCGUGGCCACAGCUGUCGCUAACAACAGUCUGUGUGGUGUGGGCGUGGCGCCCGCGGCUAAAGUCGGAGUUAUGUGUAAGAUAGACUUUGACAUGUUGACAGAAUGA